AUGAUGAGAGUCACUCUGAUUUCCCUCGCCAUGUGCCUUCCUCACCUCCUCGGCACUCCUGUCCUCCAAUCCACCACAGCGGUUUCACCGAGCGCCACAGAAAUCAAAACAACAGCUCUAGACCUUAGGAUCCGCACUACAACAUCAGACCCCCUGAAGCUUCCACUCUCCACAACUGAAAACCACCCUGGUAGGACUAGUGGCACGUUCAACACACAAGUGAAGAAAAGCGCUAGCUUAGCAGCUGUCAACAACUCAGGCAGAACGACUCAAGGAAGAGGCAUUCUCAGAACAGGAACUGCCACUUACGCCACCACAGCCGGACAGAAGAGCAACAGGCACACAACUGCAGGAGACUUGAGGAGGGAAACAGAAAGCUACAUUCACCAUGAGACACCCUUCAGCGGACACACAGCCUCACCCACAACUGACCACCCCAGCACCACCACUCUCCCCGGGGAGGAAGGGACUGAGUAUCAUGACAGUAGCACCACUGAAACAGCCAGAGAAUUUAACACACCAAAUUCCAUAGAGACAUGGGCUGCUGACACCAGUAAUGACUCCAGGCUAGCGAAGCCACACUUAGACAGGUCACAAGCAGCAGACCAGCACACUGCUACACAAGGACUAGAGAUGGCAAGUGUAGAUACUGCAUCGGGAGAUUACUACACAACACAGAGAGACUUCUUCACAAACACCCCAACUAAUAGAGUGACAGGUUUGAACAGAGGUAAACAAAGUAAGGCCAACAGCGUCACAACAACAACAACAACGGUUUCACCUACGUACACAUUCACACUUCCUGGUUUGUAUGAGCACAUUACCGUGACUUACAGGGCUACUGGCUACAAAACACAACCUGACGACACGAGCCAGUCUAUGGACAACCAGGACCACACCACAGCCACAGUUUCAAUCCCCCAUGCUGACAAUAGCACAACUCCAUAUCCCAAUGCAAACACAUUUACAGAUAAUGUCACAGACAACUACACAAACACACUUUCAUACAGUAAUACCACAACCUCUAAUAAUCGUAACACAACAAUACUUUUGAAUAAGAAAACUCAUACUCAUUCACUCAGACACAACCACACAAUCUCAGGCUAUGACAACAGGCUGAACAACACAACUGAAAACACUGUGCAUGCUCAUCCUGAGUGCGGAGAGGCAGAUGAAAGAUCCCCAUCGUUGCUUCCUGGCUCUACUAGACUGGUCUGUUUCAUUGUUCUGUGGGCUCUGGGAUUGACUGCUUCGGUCUUCCUUGGUCUCACUGUCUUCCUGUGGGUGCGUUUGUCAGUCCAGAGAGAGCGGGAAAGGAGAGUGAGGAGAGGAGGAGAGAAGGUGUCAGGGGUGGAUCUGGAGAACCUGUGGGUUGACCAGAUGUCAUCGGUGGAGGAGAGGGUGGAAUUCUGGUACGCCAACGGCUCCACCAUGGGACCUGACCAUAAACGAGAGAGCGGGAGGGACAGGGUGAAGGAGAGGGGGAGGAGGGAGCAGCAGAGGCAGAAAGGGACAGAGUGUGACAACCUGUGGACUCAACCCAAAGUGACACUGGAGGACAUCACAGAUUUCUGGUAUGCAAAUGGAAGAGUGAUACCAGAAGAAACUAAAGACCAAAUGUUGUUGGAGACCUGUGUAUGA